AUGCGCUUCCUCCCUCUCCUCCUGGGACUAGCCUCGGCUGUCCUCAGCAUCCAAAACACCAGUCUGAGCCAAGAAAUCGUCACCUGGGAUGACAAGUCUCUCUUCAUCUACGGAGAACGUAUCCUUCUCCUGUCAGGCGAAUUUCAUCCCUUCCGUCUCCCAUCUCCAGGUCUAUGGCUGGAUGUCUUCCAAAAAGUCCGCGCCCUCGGCUACUCCGCCGUCUCGUUCUACGUCGACUGGGCCCUGCUCGAAGGACAGCCCGGCCACAUCCGCACGCAAGGGGUCUUUGACCUGGAGCAGUUCUUCGACGCUGCUCAAGAAGCGGGACUCUACCUGAUUGCUCGCCCAGGCCCUUACAUCAAUGCCGAGGUUUCUGGGGGAGGUUUUCCUGGCUGGCUGCAGCGCCUGGACGGGCCACUCAAGCGAACGAAUUCAUCCUACCUGGCUGCCAUCACGCCAUACAUUGCUGCCGUGGGUGAGAUUGUUGCGCGGGCUCAGAUCACCAAUGGGGGUCCAGUUAUUCUUGUGCAGCCGGAGAAUGAAUACACCAUCUGCAUGACGGAGACUGGCUACACCCAGAUGAACAACGAGUCGGUCACGGCCGCCAACAACAUGUGUCUGGAAAAGGAAUACAUGGCGUAUGUGGAACGUCAAUACCGCCAGGCUGGAGUCGUCGUUCCUCUGAUCGUCAACGAUGCCGAGCCAUUGGGCGACUGGGCCCCGGGCACCGGAGUGGGAGCGGUGGAUAUCUACAGUUUCGACUUCUAUCCCCUUCAGUGGAGCACAGCCCCUCCCAAUGCGUCGAACUGGUCAUCGCUGAACAACCCGCUCGAAUGGUACAAUUACACGGUUCAUGAGGCGCAGAGUCCUACCACUCCGGUUUCUAUCUCCGAGUUCCAAGGCGGAGUGCCUGAUGCCUGGUAUAGGGGAGGAGUGGGCGUGGAUACUGGUGCCGCAUAUAUCGGACCCGAGUUUGAGCGCAUGUUCUACAAGCUCAAUUAUAGCUAUCGCGCGGCCCUUCAGAGCCUCUACAUGAUUUUUGGCGGCACCAACUGGGGCAAUCUAGGCCACCCUGGAGGAUACACCUCGUACGACGUCGGAGCUGCUAUUAAGGAGGACCGACAAGUCACUCGGGAGAAAUACAGUGAACUGAAGCUGCAAGCGGGCUUUCUGCAGUCAUCGCCAGCCUAUCUAAUAUCGCAGCCCGACAAUGGCACUUAUGGGGUUUAUACAGACAGCACGGCUCUCGCGACUGCACGCUUGCAUACCAACACCACGAACUUUUAUAUUGUGCGCCAUGGUGAGUUAGCAGAUGAUGACACUGUGUCGUACAAACUGCAAGUCUCUACGUCCAUCGGAAACAUCAGUAUUCCCCAGCUGGGCGGAUCUCUCAGCCUGCAUGGGCGCGAUUCCAAGAUCCACGUCGUCGACUACGACGUGGGAGGCAUCAACUUGAUCUACUCGACCGCCGAGGUGUUUUCCUGGAAAAAGGCCGGCAACAAAUCCGUCCUCGUUCUCUACGGGGGCGAGGGAGAAACCCACGAGUUUGCAGUCCCGGGCGCCCUGACACCGUCCGCCGUGGAAGGCGAUGGAUUGCUCAUCAACUCGUCUGCAUCCACGGUGAUUCAAUGGUCAGUGCAGCCCUCGCGCCGCGUGGUUCAUUUUGGGGAGCAGUUGGAAGUCCAUCUGCUGUGGCGGAACGAAGCCUACAACUACUGGGUUCUGGAUCUCCCCCUGCCAGGCAUCUCCCGCCACGCCUCACCCUCGCGUGCCAAUAGUUCAAUCAUCGCUAAAGCGGGUUAUCUCCUGCGGACUGCCAGCGUCUCCGGCACCACGCUGCAGCUGACCGGCGACCUCAACGCCACCACCGAGCUGGAAAUCAUCGCAGCACCCCCAUCCAUAUCCACCGUCUUGUUCAACAGCCAGCUGAUCACAACAACCAAGACAAACGGCCGCCUCCAUGCCACCCUCCCCUACCAACCACCCCCAUUCGCUCUCCCCUUCCUGUCCUCCCUCCAGUGGCACUACACCGACUCUCUCCCCGAGAUCCACCCAACCUACGAUGACGACCUCUGGACUGUCUGCAACCACACCUCCAGCCACAACCCCCGGUCCCUCACCACUCCCACAUCCCUCUACUCCAGCGACUACGGCUACAACGGCGCCUCUCUCGUCUACCGCGGCACCUUUACCGCCAACGGCUCCGAAUCCGCCCUCUACCUCCUCACCGAAGGCGGCUACGCCUAUGGCCACUCUAUCUGGCUAAACAAUACCUUCCUCUCCUCCUGGCAAGGUAGCCCAGCGGAAAUGUUUCACAACCAGACCCUCCUCUUCCCCUCUCUUCAACCAGGGGGAAUCUAUACACUUACCAUCCUGAUCGACCACAUGGGCAACGACGAGAAUUUUCCCGCCAACGGAGCCAUCAUGAAAGAUCCGCGCGGUGUGCUCGACUAUACCCUGUAUGGACGCGAGAAGGAUGUCAUUUCCUGGAAAAUGAGAGGGAAUCUAGGUGGGGAGAACUACAAAGAUCAUAGUCGAGGACCGUUGAAUGAGGGGGCGUGGUAUGCCGAACGUCAGGGGUAUCAUCUUCCUGGAGCGCCGGUGGAACAAUGGGAAUCUAGUCACUCGCCCACGGAGAAAGUCAUAUCUGCCCCGGGCAUACGGUUCUAUGCUACGGAGUUUGACUUGAGUCUUCCAGAGGGAUAUGACAUCCCGCUGAGUGUAGUGUUCACCAACACUACUGUCCUUAACUCGACGGACGAGUCACCCGCCCAAUUCCGCACCGAGAUCUUUGUGAAUGGAUGGCAGUUUGGGAAGUAUAUCAACCACAUCGGUCCUCAAACCCGCUUUCCUAUCCCCGAAGGAAUCCUCAACUAUAACGGCAGCAACUAUCUCGCUCUUACGAUCUGGUCGAUGGAUACACGACCAUUUCAACUCGCUGGAGUGCAGCUCCAAGCUGAUGCCGUGAUCCAGAUAGUCUAUGCUGAGCCGCACGCGGCACGAUGA